AUGGAUCAAGGGCCGGUCGAUGCGGGACCUCUCCCCGAUGCGGACUACGAUGCUGCUUUCUCUCCCGRGCCGCGAAGGAGGAAGGAGGAAGCCAAAUCCUCCCUCGGCGAUGCACCCAUGUACUCCCGUGUGGGUGCCACGGCAGAAGAAGCGGCCGGUGAGAUUCCCUACGAUGAUGAUUCCCACAUGAACCCCACUCCAAGCAGGACCAUCCGUGAUGCCGAAUCCUUUGCCCAUCGAAUGUAUAAAUUCACCCUCUACGAGAGCAAUACUCGCUACUGGAUCACCGGAGCUGAUGUUACGGACAAGUACUUUCGCUUGUUGCGCAUCGAUCGAAAUGCUCCUCCCGGUCAAAUUACCCUCCAUGAGGAUGAGACGGUGUAUAAUCGGCAGAAGAUGAAUGAGAUGCUGAACGCCAUCGACCAGGAGGGCAAGUUGACGGGUAGCCUGAAAAUGCGCUUCUCCUUUUGGGGAGUCUUGGGCUUCAUUCGAUUCACCGAAGCCUACUACAUGCUCAUCAUCACCAAGAGGAGACAAGUCGCCAUGAUUGGAGGCCAUUUUGUCUAUCAGGUUGAAGGGACGGAACUUGUCCCUCUCACCACGGGAUCCAGCAGCUCCUUCUUCAGCGAUCGAAAUGCAGAGGAGGCGAGGUUUCUGGGAAUUCUCAACAAUCUCGACCUGACAAAGUCCUUCUACUUCAGCUACUCCUACGACAUCACCCACUCCCUCCAAACGAAUAUCAUCCGGCAACGGGAGGCGAUGAAUGAAGGAAUGACUGUCACUGCACACAACUACAAUGGAAUGUUUGUCUGGAAUCAUCACCUCCUCAAACCCGCAGUCGCUGUCAUGAAGUACCCCUACGAUUGGUGUCUGCCCAUCAUCCAUGGAUUCCUGGWUCAGACAGCAUUGGACAUCUUCGGUCGUGCCGUCUAUGUCACCAUUAUUGGGAGGAGAUCACGCCACUUUGCGGGUGCUCGCUUCCUCAAACGAGGUGUCAACGAUCUAGGUUACGUGGCGAACGAUGUUGAGACGGAGCAGAUUGUGGCGGAGAAGUUGACCACAUCAUUCCACGCCCCUGGACCGCGGCUCUUUUCCAACCCGACUUACACAUCUUACCUCCACUAUCGAGGGAGUAUACCAUUGUAUUGGACCCAGGACAACAGUGGUGUCACUCCCAAGCCCGGCAUUGACAUCAAUCUGAGUGAUCCAUUCUAUCAACCCGCUGCCUUACAUUUCGACCACCUCUUCGAGCGGUAUGGAUGUCCAAUCUAUGUUCUGAACUUGGUCAAGUCCAGAGAAAAGGUCCCACGAGAAUCCAAGCUGCUGCAUGAGUUGCAGGAAUGCAUCAAAUACCUCAACCAGAGUCUGCCCGAAGACAACAAGAUCAGGUACAAGGCGUACGACAUGUCGCGAGCGGCCAAGACCAGGAAUGGCGAUGUCAUUGGCGGGUUGGAGGUGAUUGCAAAAGAGAUUCUGCUGCAGACUGGAUUCUUUCACAAUGGAGAUGCUGCGUCGGGAGUUUCACAAGUGCAAAAUGGUGUCGCAAGGACGAAUUGCAUUGAUUGUCUGGAUCGCACGAAUGCAGCACAGUUCGUCAUUGGGAAACACGCCUUUGCUCUGCAGUUGAAAGCUCUGGGAGUCAUCAGUAAAGAGGAAGUUGCAUAUGAUACCGAUGCUGUCAACCUCUUUACAGAAAUGUUCCACGAUCAUGGCGACAACAUUGCCAUGCAAUACGGUGGGUCUCAUCUGGUCAAUACAAUGGCUACCUACCGCAAGUUGAGCCACUGGCAGAGUUCAUCCAGAGAUAUGGUGGAAAGUUUCAAACGCUACUACCACAACUCCUUUCUCGACAGCCAACGCCAGGAAGCAUACAACCUAUUUCUGGGGAAUUAUGUCUGGGCUUCUGGACAGCCAUGGUUGUGGGAUCUAGCAACGGAUUACUACCUUCACCACAGCGAUCCCCGAGCUUGGCUUCAACGCCGGAGAAGGAAUUACAUAUCUUGGUACACGCCCGAACACCUUCUCCCAAGAGUUAUGCCGCCAAGAUUGCUUCCUCCCUCGGAGCAUCUCUCUCCCGGAUGUAUCCAUGCCUUUGACGAUUACUGGCGAGAAUGCUACCGCCCAAACACCCUCUCCUCCAUCCAAAAAGUCUACGCAUACCGCAUCACCAGCACACAGAGAUAUCUUCCGGAGAGACCCUUUGGCGAGAACAAAUACGAUUUCAGUCCUUUUGUCAGGAGAGCACAUCCGCACAAACACCGCGACUCGCACGACUCUCCCGAAAAAGACAAGAAACCCCCGACCCCGCAAAGACGAGCUGUCACAAUCAUGGACCCACAUGAAGAACGUCUCGCAACAAACUUUCUCCCACCAGCACCUCUCAACACCCCGGCCAUUGGCCUCGGCUCCGCAGAAGAAACGACACAUCACAGCAUCCUGCGAGACACAAUCUACGAACAGCAUGCGCCUCAGCGAGAUAGCGAACCGAAAGAUGCGGUCGGUUUCGCAGAGACGAAUCAAGUCAAACCUGCGGACAAAGCUGUGAUGCAUUUGUGGACACUGAAUCAGUUUCAUACGCAAUCCCUACAUCCGCAUGUCAGUGAGGAGGAGAGGGAUGAGUAUGCUCAUUACAUUGAUCAUCCUUUGAACCUCCCGCUGGUCAUCACGACCGAGCUCCCCAAUGACGCCAAUGCAGACUAUGUCGAUUACGUCUCCAAAGCCGGCGGCACCAGCUUCUUCGAUGCUCUUGGGGAGGAAGGUGACGCGGCUGCAGCAGUGAGGAUUGAAGAUGGAGAUUUCGAUGGCGAGGAGGUCGGAGAGGAGGAUCUGCAGGAUUACAUGGAUUACUUGGAGGUGGGCAGCGAAGGAUUGAGUGUGCAGGAGGCGGAUCUGGGGAAGAAGAGAUACAAGGCUUAUCGGCAGUGGUUACGGGGGAAGAGUUUGUUUAAACAGAGUAAAGUUGAUCCUGAAUAUCGCGGGGUUGGGGAGGGCGCGAGUGGGAUUGCUGGGGUGGGGAUUUGA